AUGAAGGAUCUAGGUGGACUCAAGUAUGUCUUGGGAAUUGAGGUGGCUCGAUCGCAGCAAGGCAUAUUUCUCUCUCAAAGGAAAUAUGUCUUGGACUUGUUGACAGACAUAGGAUUGCUAGCUUGCAAACCUACGAACACUCCUAUUGUUCAUAAUCAUCAUCUUGGAGAAUAUUCGGAUCAAGUUUCAACUAACAAAGAAAGAUACCAAAGAUAUUUGAAGUCUGCAUCUGGAAAAAGACUUAUGUUCUUGAAGCAUGGUCAUUUGAAUAUUGAUGGUUAUUCAGAUGUAGAUUGGGCAGGUAGUGUAACAGAUAGAAAAUCCACAUCAGGUUACUUCACAUUCUUGGGAGGUAAUUUGGUGAUGUGGAGGAGCAAGAAGCAGAAUGUAGUAGCUUUAUAUAGUGUAGAGCCCGAGUUCAGAGGCAUGACUAAAGGGAUUUGUGAACUUAUUUGGUUAAGAAAGUUGCUUACUGAACUUGGAUAUAAACCAACAUCCACAAUGAAUCACUUUUGUGACAACAAGGCUGCUAUAGCUAUUGCACAUAAUACGGUUCAACAUGAUCGCACUAAACAGGUUGAGGUGGAUAUCAACACUUCACCAAACAGAAGCUUGAGACUAAAGUGUUUCAGUUUCCUUUUGUGA